AUGGCUCUUGGACUCGCUUCCGUAGCGGCAGUAGCUGGAGGUCUUGCGCACACCCCCCUCGCACUGCUCACCCUGAUACCACUUUUAGCUGUAGGAGUCAAUUACUAUAGAUACCAAAGUGUGGACCCGGAAACCAACCCAACCGACCAGCAAACGCUCAGACGAUACUAUGACUUCAUCGUGAUCGGAGCCGGAUCUGCUGGGGCGGUGGUGGCUUCGCGGCUGUCGGAGAUCGGGGACUGGUCGGUCCUGCUGCUGGAGGCCGGCGGCGACGAGAACGAGGUGACGGACGUGCCGUCGCUGGCCGGGUACCUGCAGCUGACCGAGUACGACUGGAAGUACCAGACGACACCGUCGGCCGAUCGGCGCUACUGUCAGGCGAUGAUCGGCGACCGGUGCAACUGGCCGCGCGGCAAGGUGAUGGGCGGCUCGUCCGUGCUGAACGCGAUGGUGUACGUGCGGGGGAACCGGCUCGACUACGACCAGUGGCUCGAGCAGGGCAACACCGGCUGGGGCUACGAGAACGUGCUGCCGUACUUCAUCAAGUCGGAAGACAACCGGAACCCGUACAUGGCCCGUUCGCCGUACCACGGCGUCGGCGGCUAUCUGACCGUGCAGGAGGCACCCUGGCGGACACCCCUGUCCGUGGCGUUCGUGCGGGCGGGCGAGGAGAUGGGCUACGCGAAUCGGGACGUGAACGGAGCCGACCAGACCGGCUUCAUGCUGCUGCAGGCAACGAUGCGCCGUGGUAGCCGCUGCAGCACCUCCAAGGCGUUCCUGCGGCCAGUGCGUCUGCGCACCAACCUUCACAUUGCCAUGAAGGCGCACGUCAGCCGGAUCCUGUUCGAUGGCGAGCACCGGGCGUACGGGGUCGAGUUCGUGCGCCACCAGAAGCGCCAGUACGUGUUCGCGAAGAAGGAGAUCGUCCUGUCGGCGGGCGCCCUCAACACACCCCAGUUACUCAUGCUGAGCGGCGUCGGUCCGGCCGCGCACCUUGCGGACCUGGGCAUCCCGCUCGUGUCCGACCUGCCGGUCGGCGACAACCUGCAGGAUCACGUGGGGCUGGGCGGGCUGACGUUCCUGGUCGAUCAGCCGGUCACGGUGAAGACGGCCCGCUACAGCUCGAUCCCGGUCGCGCUCGAGUACUUCCUGAACGAGCGUGGCCCGAUGACGUUCCCCGGCAUCGAGGGUGUCGCGUUCGUCAACACCAAGUACGCGGAUCCGUCCGGCAAGUGGCCCGACAUCCAGUUCCACUUUGGGCCGAGCUCGGUCAACUCGGACGGUGGCCAGAACAUCCGCAAGAUCCUGAACCUGCGCGAUGGCUUCUACAACACCGUGUACAAGCCGAUCCAGAACGCGGAGACGUGGACGAUCCUGCCGCUCCUGCUGCGCCCGAAGAGCACGGGCUGGGUGCGGCUCCGCUCCACCAACCCGUUCGUCCAGCCGUCGAUCGAGCCGAACUACUUCGCGCACCCGGACGACGUGGCCGUGCUGGUCGAGGGCAUCAAGCUGGCGAUCAACGUGUCGCACACGCAGGCCUUCCGGCGCUUCAACUCGCGGCCCCACGCGAUCCCGCUGCCCGGCUGCCGCCACCUGCCCUUCAUGUCCGACGAGUACUGGGCGUGCACGGUCCGGCAGUUCACCUUCACCAUCUACCACCCGGCCGGCACGGCCAAGAUGGGCCCCAGCUGGGAUCCGGGCGCCGUCGUCGACCCGAGGCUUCGCGUGUACGGCGUGUCCGGGUUGCGCGUCGUCGACGCCAGCAUCAUGCCGACCAUCAUCAGCGGCAACCCGAACGCGCCCGUCAUCAUGAUCGGCGAGAAGGCGUCCGACAUGAUCAAGGAGGACUGGGGCCGCCUCGUCCACGGCUGGUGA